AGUCACUGUCUCCUGGGUGAACGAGGUCGUCACAACGAGGGUCGGCGAGCACAGGUGAAGGUUCGCGCGGGCGGGUGUUGGGGCCGGGUGGGACUGGGCGCUCUGCCACUCCGGGGUUCUCACGCGGUCCUGGAGGAGGCGCCGAGGGCCCAGGGCUUGGGGGGCGGCCCAUCGGAGAAGUUGACUCCCCGGAUCCCAGCGGGUUCUAGCCCUCUGCUCGGAGGCCUGGCUUCUACCGGAGGCCGGCGGGAGGCGACGCCGAAGCCUCGGUGAGCCUGGAGGCACGGCCCCCACCCGCCACAUCUUGAGCCCUGGCAGGGUCGGUGACUGAGCCCUCUUCCAGCCUCCACUUGGCGCGCUUUGGACCUAGAUCGCCACUGAGAGCCUGGCUACAGAACCGGCUACACCUUACUAAAGGCUGCAGGGUAUUAAGGUUUGCUCUCCUGCAGACAUGGGGCGCAGGAAGUCAAAACGGAAGCCACCCCCCAAGAAGAAGAUGACAGGCACCCUAGAGACCCAGUUCACCUGCCCCUUCUGCAACCACGAGAAGUCUUGUGAUGUGAAAAUGGACCGGGCCCGCAACACCGGAGUCAUCUCUUGUACCGUGUGCCUAGAAGAAUUCCAGACACCCAUCACUUAUCUGUCAGAACCAGUGGACGUGUACAGCGAUUGGAUAGACGCCUGUGAGGCAGCCAAUCAGUAGCAACGCAGAGGACCCACCCCCUUGGCAGCCUCGCCUGCUGGGUACCAAUCCAGAGACAUUCCAGGGUGCAGGGUGUGGGUCCAGGGCCUUUGCAGCCCUGUGUGUGUGUGGAAUGCGUGUGGGUGUGAGUGUGAGUGUAUGUGGCUGCAGGUGUGACUGAGGGGGUGUCCUCAUGGGCACGGGGUGGAGUUGAAGGGCCCCAGGGGCCUGAACUGCCACUGGACUCCAGAAGCCUUUGACUUGCUCCCUCCUCUGGCACCUGGCCCCGUGGCUCCUCCAGGGGCCUGUGUCCUAGCAUCCUAGGCCAGGGCAAGCCCAGCAGAGGCUGCCUCAGGACUCCAGCAUCUUCCCCACCUCACCAGCACUUGUCCAUUUGAACUGGGCAAGAACUGCCCAUCCUCCUUCCCUGCUUCCAAGGCCUGUGGCCUGGGAUUCAAGCCACAGGCCCCCUGGCAGGGCGGCCUGUUUUCAUAUUUGGUCACUUUUGUGGAGGAGGGAGGGGCUGGGUUGGGGAUAGCUGUCAGUCAGCAGCCCUUAAAUAAAGCAGCCAACGCAAAACUCCCAGCUCUCUGAUUUCCUGAGCUCUGGGUCAGAUGCAGGGUCUCAACGAGGGAACGGGGGAGACUGAGGCAUUCAGAGGUGGCACGGCAGGCCAUCAGAAGUGGGGUUUGCUCAGUCCUUCAAACUCUCCAACGUUGUACCCACUAUAAGCAUUCAAGGUGAAACCAGGGCAGUGCUGGGCUCAAGGGACAGGGAUGAACCCAAAGACAUCUGGCCAGACGUUUACAGUCACAACAGAAACCAGGGCCAGCAAAGCCUGGGCGGGGGGGUGUGGGGGGGUGUGGGGUCAGAGAAGGUUUCCUGGGGACAGCCUGAAAGGCUCAAGGGCCACCCUGUGCCAGAGACUGCUCUCAGGUUUGCCUGCCUUCCCCCCAUGUCCUGACAGCCACCAGGAAGAUGCUCACAGAUGAGGAAACAGGCCAGAGGAAGAUGCUCACAGAUGAGGAAACAGGCCAGAGACAGGAGGUCACCGGCCCAAGGUCCCACAGCCAGAAGACUGCACCACUGGGCCUUGAACCCAGGAGGCCUGACUGCACAGCCCAGGGUCUUACUUCCUCAUGAGUCCAGAGACCAGGCUUAGGGAACAGCUCCUGGCUUCCUGGUGGCUGUGGAGGUGGGGAGCACUGGAGAAGAGUAAGGGACCAUUGUCCUAGGGUGGUGAGGAGUCUUGGAAGGCUAGAGGUAGAGACAGAUGCACACGUGUGGUGUAACAAGAAAUAUUUAGUCUUUGUCCCUGGUUCCUGGCACAAAGCUUCUAAAACACUUGGAAUUUCCUGAGCAACCGGGGUAUCUUGUCUUCCAUAAAGAGUCCCUUUUGAUCUGAUCACUCAUGAGAUUAUGCUAAUGAGGUAAUUUAGAGUGGGGCCCUAGAUAGCCUCAGGAUGGAACUCCCAGCCACAGCUACCAACCUUCCGGGAAGGGGAAGGGGCCUACAGAUUAAGAGCUAUGAAAACAAGAUUUGGUGAGCUUCCACCCUUGGUGAAAACGGAGAGGUGCUGGGUCACUUGGAGAGGGUAGGAAGCUCCACACCCCUUCUCCAUUCCUUGCCCUCGGCAUCUCUCCCAUCUGACUCCUCCCGAUUUACAUCCUUUUAUAAUAAACCAGUGA